GGAGAAACUGCAACAACGAAAAAAGAGGGGGCUUGAACCCCGACAGAGAAGAGGCAAAGAUCCACCGGAAGCAAAACCGCCAAUGGCGAAGCCGAGGAAGUCCCGGAACCCUGCCUCAGAUCUGCCCGCCCCCGCCCGGCUCCCAUGGCAGCCCCCGGCACAGCCGGUCGCCACCGCCCUCCUUAUCUCCCUUGCCGCGCUCCUUGUCCGCGUGCUUGUCUCCGUCGGCCCCUACUCAGGCCAGGGCGCGGCACCCAAGUUCGGCGACUACGAGGCGCAGCGGCACUGGAUGGAACUCACCCUCCACCUCCCCACCUCCGACUGGUACCGCAACACCUCUGACAACGACCUCGCCUACUGGGGCCUUGACUACCCGCCCCUCUCCGCCUACCAGAGUCUCCUCCACGCCCGCCUCAUCAACGCCUCCCUCCCCGACACCGUCGCCCUCCGUUCCUCUCGCGGAUUCGAGUCCCCGGAAUCGAAAUUGCUGAUGCGGUGGACAGUGCUCUCUUCCGAUCUGAUGGUGUUCUUCCCAGCAGCGCUAUGGUUCGUGUGGGCGUACAUGAAGGAUGGAGUUGGCGGUGGCGGGGAGAAGCGAGAGGGGUGGAUGUGGCUCCUCGCCAUGGUUCUCAUCAAUCCAUGUUUAGUGUUAAUCGAUCACGGUCAUUUUCAGUAUAACUGCAUCAGCCUUGGGCUGACACUGGGAGCAAUUGCUGGUGUUUUGUCAAGGAACGAACUUGCUGCUGCUGCUCUCUUUAGUCUUGCAAUUAACCAUAAACAGAUGAGUAUGUACUUUGCACCGGCAUUUUUUGGCCAUCUUCUGGGGAAAUGCCUGAAGAGGAAGUAUCCAAUUCUUGAGGUCACUAAACUCGGUUUUGUUGUAUUCGGAACUUUUGCUCUUGUUUGGUGGCCAUAUUUGCGUUCUUAUCAGGCUACCAUGCAGGUGAUCUCUCGAUUAGCUCCUUUCGAGAGAGGUAUAUAUGAGGAUUAUGUUGCAAAUUUCUGGUGUAGCACCUCAGUUCUUAUCAAGUGGAAGAGAUUGUUUGCAAUAAAGCCGCUGAAACUUAUGAGUCUUUGUGCUACAAUCUUCGCCUUUUUGCCUUCUUUUGUUCAGCAAGUAAAGUCACCAAGUAAUCUUGGGUUUCUCUAUUCUCUAUUAAACAGCUCGUUCUCUUUCUAUCUAUUCUCCUAUCAAGUGCAUGAGAAAUCAAUUUUGCUUCCUCUUUUACCUGCAAGCCUUUUAGCACUGCACGAGCCUCACUUGUAUGGAUGGUUCACAUACUAUGCCCUCUUCUCGAUGUACCCGCUUAUCUGCCGUGAUCAGCUUCUUCUACAAUAUAUAGCUGUUCUUGGCUUAUUCUUUCUGAUUUACUAUUCACCUGGUGCAAGCUAUGUCAAGGGGAUAAAUGUUUCAUCUGGAACAAAGGCAGUUCUGAGCCUGCCAUUGUUAUGCUCGAUCUUAUUUCACAUUGUAUACUUGCAGAUAGAGCCCCCAAAGAGGUAUCCCUUCCUCUUUGAUGCACUGAUAAUGUUCAUUUGCUUCUCACAAUUUGUUAUUUUGACCCUGUACACCAAUUAUAAGCAAUGGAUGUUGGACUUACACCCUAGACCAGUAGGUAGGAGGAAGAAGGAUUUGUGAUUGGAAAUUUUGACAGCUAAUUAUAGAGAAGGUUCAUUGUACCCUUGAGUGUGUUCCUCUGUAACGAAAUCGAUUCACUUUUAAUUAAAUGAAUGAAAUCUUUCCACAUGUAGCAGAUACAAAUAAAGUUUUGUAUGAUCAGGGAUUUAUGUUUAAGAAUCAUCUUGUGUUCUGCUGU